AACAAGAAAAGGACUCUUCCCUCUUUUUACUCCACACUCCACUCUCCCACCGGUUUUCACAUUUCAUUAUUCUAAAGCAAAAAAGCCCUCUCUGCCUCUUAGACUAAAGAGUAAAGAGAGAUGCCCAUCCUUUUUUACUUAUAAAAACCACUCUCCCCAACAUUUCCCUUUUACAGUAUUAGCAUCUCUCUUUCUUGCCAUGGCCAAAAGUAGAGGAAAUUCCAGUAUUAAGCACUCCCAAACCAGCAAGAAGAGAAAAGAAGAGAAACCACAUUCAUGGGCAGUUGUAAGAAGCCUCUUUACUUGUAAACACCUACAAGUUGAAAUAUUGAAAGAAGAGAAAAAUAAUCCUAAAGGCCAUGAAGGUGAACGCGUCGAUGACAACAACAAUAACAACAAAAAGGGCAAGAAACAAGAGAAAAAUCCUAAAGGCCAUGAAGGUGAACGUGUCGAUGACAACAACAACAACAAUAACAGCAAAAAGUGCAAGAAACAAGAGAAAAAUCCUAAAGGCAAUGAAGGUGAACGCGACAACAACAAUAACAAUAACAACAAAAAGAGUAAGAAAAUGAAGUGUUCCGGCUCCAUAUGUAGCCACACUAAGGUCGUGCAUAGGCCCGAGCCAUCGCCAUCGCCUCCCAAAGGACGUAAAAAUAUUGAUGGCUCGUCGAAUAGAUCCAUCAAAGUAUAUAAUAAUGGCACUAGUAGUUUUUCUUCUUCUGCUGCUUCUGCUUCUGCUUCUUCGUCUUCGUUACUCUCAAGUUCUCCCACUGCUUCAUCUUCGAUAAGAGGAAUGCCAUUCAGAAAGCUUUCGGGUUGCUAUGAAUGUAGAAUGGUUGUUGAUCCAAUAGCUAGGGAUCCUUCUUUGAGAUCAACUAUUUGUUCUGAAUGUGGAGAAAUCUUUAUGAAACUUGAAAAUUUGGAACUUCAUCAAGCUGUUAGGCAUGCUGUAUCUGAAUUGGGUCCAGAAGACACAAGUAGAAACAUAGUGGAAAUAAUAUUUCAGUCAAGCUGGUUGAACAAAAAGACCCCAGUAUGCAAGAUUGACAGAAUCUUGAAAAUCCGCAAUACUCCUAGAACUAUCUCAAGAUUUGAGGAGUACAGAGAGGCUAUCAAGGCUAAGGCAACUAACCUCGCCAAAAAACACCCACGUUGUAUUGCAGAUGGUAAUGAACUCUUAAGGUUCCAUUGCACAACAUUCAUGUGUUCCCUUGGCCUAAAUGGCUCCUCAAAUUUGUGCACUGUCCCAAAUUGUAAUGUGUGUACUCUCAUCAAAAAUGGAUUCAAGAUGGCAACUACUACUGAUCAUGGUACAAAGAAAGGUAUAUUCACGACCGCGACGAGUGGGAAGGCACACGACAACACGAGAGUUGUGUCGAAUGAGGAGGAUGACAAGAGGGCAAUGUUAGUUUGCAGAGUGAUUGCAGGAAGGGUGAAGAAAAAUUUGGAUGGAAAUAAUAGUAAUAAUUUGGAGGAGUAUGAUUCCAUUGCUGGAGCUGCUGGAGUUUAUUCCAAUUUGGAUGAGUUGUAUGUUUUUAAUCCUAAGGCUAUAUUGCCUUGCUUUGUUGUAAUUUACAAGGGUUUCUAGUAAGAUACUGAUUAAUUAGGACGUUGUUUUCCUUCUUGUUCUGUGACAACAAUAUUUUUCAUUUGUUUUUGUUCAAAUGAAUGAAGAUGUGUCAAUAACUUCCCGUCUAUGUACUUGUUCGUAAGUUAUUUGUUUGAUUUACUUUUGUCAACGUAUAUAAAAGGUUAUGGCACUUUCACAGUGA